UCCGCUGUAGUUCCAGAUCAUUCGGCCGGCCGGCACACACACACAGUAUAGCUACCUUAGCUAAGCUAGUCUGUCAAGUAACGUGUCUAAAGUCGCCCUGUUCUCGUCAUGUCUCACCCACUCCCCACCAACAAGCCGUCCAAUUCUGAAAACCCUCGCGUUUUUUUUGACGUAGACAUUGACGGCGCCAGAGCCGGCCGAAUUGUUCUGGAACUGUUUGCCGACGUCGCUCCCAAGACUGCUGAAAACUUCCGUGCCCUCUGCACAGGAGAGAAAGGCAUCGGCAAAUCCACCGGGAAGCCUCUGCACUUCAAGGGAUGCCCCUUCCACAGAAUUAUCAAAAAGUUCAUGAUCCAAGGAGGCGACUUCUCCAAUCAGAAUGGCACCGGCGGUGAGAGCAUUUACGGCGAGAAGUUUGAGGAUGAAAACUUCCACUACAAGCACGACCAAGUGGGCCUGCUGAGCAUGGCCAACGCCGGGCCCAACACCAACGGCUCCCAGUUCUUCAUCACCACGGUGCCCACGCCACACUUAGACGGUAAACACGUGGUCUUUGGACAAGUGCUAAAGGGCAUGGGAGUGGUUCACAUGCUCGAGUCCAUGGACACAAAAGAUGAUGCGCCCAUAAAGCCUUGCAUCAUUGCAGACUGCGGCGAGCACAAGGACGGUGACAGCUGGGCCGUCGUAUCAAAUGACGGGACGGGGGACACCCACCCUGACUUCCCAGAGGACUCUGAUGUCGACUUUAAAGAUGUGGACAAAGUUCUCGCUGCAGCUGAGGACAUCAAGAAUAUUGGCAACAACCUUUUUAAGAGUCAAGACUGGAACGCUGCCGUCAACAAAUACAGCAAAGCUCUCAGGUAUCUGGAGGUGUGCGGCGAGGAGCUGGAGGAGGACGAGGAGACAGUGCAGAAGAAGCUGCAGCCCACGGCCUUCAGCUGCUACCUCAACACGGCGGCGUGUAAGCUGAAGCUGCAGCUGUGGCAGGAAGCUCUGGACAGCUGCAACGAGGCUCUGGAGCUGAACAGCGCCAACACCAAAGCUCUUUUCCGCAGGGCUCAGGCCUGGCAGGGCUUGAAAGAAUUCACCCAAGCCAUGACUGAUCUGAAGGCAGCUCAGGGAAUCACUCCAGAGGACAAAGCCAUCACUAACGAGAUGAAGCGAGUGCAGCUGAAAGUGCAGGAGGAGAAGGAGAAAGAGAAGAAAAUCUAUGCCAAAAUGUUUGCCUGAACGCCUCCUAACCGACCUCAUUCCACACGACAGGAUGCAAGCAGGUGACGAGUCCUUUUUGCGACACUCAACACUUGUACCAUAUUGUAGCGGUUCAGCAAACUGUUGCCCUUGAACGCAUCAUCGGCCACUCAACACGUGUCGAACAGUCAAGUAGUUUAUUCACUGGUGUGAUGAUACUAUGUACAACAUGUACCUGGAAUAAAUGUUAACUUAUGA